GUCCAUUCCUUUCACACUUUGGGUUGCAUAGUGGCAGUCGUGGUGGAGGCUUAAGACCCAGAUCAGUCUCCAAGAUGAGGGACUCUGGCCGCUGUGGGCUGUUAAUAUUGCUAGAGGUGGUGGCUGUGGUCCUAGCCGGCCGGGAUACUAUCCAGGACCUCUCUGACGAAGGCUUGGACACGUCCCCCGCUUACGAGACUUCGGGAGGCGGCGUGGCGAAGGACGCCCUCGACGAUGUGGUGGUAGAGGGCGCCAUCAGACUCACCAGGUCUCGUCUCCCCCGGGCGCUGCUGGGGGGAGGCACCGUGGCCGGAGGCACCCCAGGGCACGACUUCCCCGUCCUCAACUCCGUCCCAGUUACCGUCUUCAACUGUCGCGAUAGACAGCAUGGCUACUACGCCGAUGUCGACACCGCCUGUCAGGUGUUCCACGUGUGUCAUGCAGACGGCCGCAUGGACAGCUUUCUCUGUCCCAAUGGAACCAUCUUCCAACAGCAGCAGCUUGUAUGUGACUGGUGGUACAACGUCGACUGUCAAACUUCCUCUCAACAUUUCGGCGUCAACUUAGAGAUCGGCAAGGUGUCCACCACGUCUCCCCAUGCCUCACCAGCCUCUGGGAGCGACGGUUCCCGUGGGUCCAGCUUCGGAGGUGUCGCAAGACAAACCGCAGUAACCUCUUCCUCGGCAGGAGUUCACUCGGGGGUCACUGGAAGAAGCGGUUUCCUAGGUUCUCAAGGAUCAAGUGGAGGUGCGUUUAGUGCCACGCGCGUUCCUGAAGCCGCUUUCACGCCAUCAGGAGGGAGUGGGACGUCUGUUAACCAUGUGGAAGCAACUGUUAGAGCAACUGCAGCACAGUCUAGUGCUUCUGGGAGGAGCCCAUUUUCGUCAUUCCAAACACCCACGAAUGCCCCAACACCAACUCCAGCACCGACAAGAGCUCCGUCAUCAACAAGAGCUCCACCUCCAAGAACACAAACUGCAUUAAGAGCCCCAUCGUUUACAAGAAUUCCAACACCUCCAAGAGCUCCAACGCCCUCAAGAGCCCCAAAGUUUACAAUAACUUCACCUACAGGAGCACCAACACCUCCAAGAACACCAACACCUCCAAGAGCUCUUACGCCUUCAAGAGCCCCGACGUUUACAAGAAAUCCAACACCUAUAAGCGCACCAGCACCUCCAAGAGCAUCAACACCUCAAGGAACUCUAACGCCUUCAAGAGCCUCAGUAACUUCAAGAGGUCCAACAAGAGUAGCUGUGUCGCGCCGCCCUCUGCCACCACCAACCGCCAGAUUUGACGCGCCUCUCCAGAGUCCCAGCAGGCCGCCUCCAGACGGUGUGAAUCUCCUGAUUAGUGGCAUUCAGAGCACUCAGAUCCCUGAUAAUGUUGCCGAUGCCAGAGACACCGGAUUUGGCGUCCCACUACCAUCCUUAGGAGGAAACCAAGCCCCUCAGAACGUAGUACAAAGCACACAGCGUUUCCAAACUAGUCAGGGUGUUAGUUUGAGCAACACACGACCACAGACUGCAGCUCCAAGCCAUAAAUCUCAGGACGACAGUAGGAGGAGCCACAACUUUGGAAUUGGUCAGCCUGCAGUGCCCAUCACGAAACCUGCAGUGCCCAUCACGAAACCUGCGACUACAGCAACCAGUAGCAGAGGCUCUGCUACUUUUGGUCGACGAAGUCAGCAGACUUCGGGAGUAGGACAGCCUGUUGGGGUACCUCUUCCCUUAUUAAGCAACAUUGCCAGUUCCAGCGGCAGUCAUCAGGGAUCUUCAGCUUCCAGGGCGUCUCAAAGUCAUCAGGGAUCUUCAGCUUCCAGGGCAUCUCAAAGUCAUCAGGGAUCUUCAGCUUCCAGGGCAUCUCAAAGUCAUCAGGGAUCUUCAGCUUCCAGGGCGUCUCAAAGUCAUCAGGGAUCUUCAGCUUCCAGGGCGUCUCAAAGUGGUAGCACCCAUCUUGGAGCCCCACAAAGAAUUCCUGGAGCUGUUGGCACAUCUUCUCAACAAGGAACCACGCAAAGCGGAUUUGGUAUUCCUCUACCAAGUCUCUCUUCAGCAGGAGGCUUCCAAGGGAGCUUCGGGGUUCCACUUCCUGCCAGUGUUGGAACUUCGAGUGGAAGAUUUGGCGCCACGACCACCACGACUGGAGGUACAAGGCGGCCGUCACUGGGCACUGGAGGAGCUAUCAUCAUUGUGGAAGAUGACAGAGAUGACCGAUUUGAUUUAGAUGACCGAUUCGACGAUGACCGAUUCGAUUUGGAUGACCGAUUCGACGAUGACCGAUUCGAUUUGGAUGACCGAUUCGACGAUGACCGAUUCGACGAUGACCGAUUCGACGAUGACCGAUUCGACGAUGACCGAUUCGAUAAUGACAGUCGUGAUUUAGACGACCGCUUCGAUGAUGACCGAUUUGAUUUGGAUGACCGAUUCGACGAUGACCGAUUCGACGAUGACCGAUUCGACAGGGCCAACUUCCUGAGAACUUCGAGUAACCAGGGCAAGGUGGUGCUCCUACCACCUUCAGAGAUCCAGCUACCGCCUCCGACCACCAGAUUCUAACGGGACACAGCUGGGGGCGCCUCCCCCCCAAAAAAAAAAUCCAAAAUAAUAAACGAGGGAACCUUGUGGGUGUGCCCGUGUCCACCCCCCUCCACCGUGGCGUGACGAUCUGGAACACCAAGCUGUUGGUGUUGGCAUGAUUGUCUCCUAUUCGAACCUUCAGUGCCUCAUUGGGGAGUGCCUAUUUUUGUCCCUAUGUAUAUUGUGAUAUGUGAUAUUAAAUAAGUGAGCUGUAUAUUUUCUGGUAACUGAUUUGCAUCCGAAUUCAAUCAACGCUGUGAUUUAUGAGGCGAAAAAAUGGCCUUUUCGGAUUUGAUAUGACACUUAUUUCUGGCUUUGUGGUUGCCAAGUCAAAUAAAAUAAGUAUCUGAAAAUGCCAUAGGCCUAAACGCAAACGUUCACACAAACACACAUGUGCUUUGUUUUACACACACACAUACACACACACACAUACACAGACACACACACACACACACACACACACAUACACACACACACACACACAUAUAUAUAUAUAUACACACACACACUCUGGCCUGACGAUAACUAGAUCACACGUUCAAGUCCAAGUGACAAUCUUUGUAAUAUAUAUCUACAUCUUAUAGUAUAAUAUUUUUGUAUUUGUGAAUUUCAAUAGACUCGCAUUAUUUUGAAA